AUGGAUCUGCCCACGCUGAUUGACUGUCAGCGUGAAGUCCAAGUUCGCAUCGCACGCUCAGUAGAGUAUCUCAGAAAGCUGGGGAACGCCAACAUCACCGCCAGCGCCGUCACCACUCGCACCAGGAUCAUUGACCAGUUGUGGUCGAAAUUUGAGACGCAGCAUGAUCUCAUCCGCUCAGGUCUGAAAGAUAAAUUCAAUGAAAGCGAUUAUGUCAAAUCAGGAUUGCAUGAGGAUACCGAAAACCUCUAUGUGGCACAACGGAGCUUGCUGGAUGGCUACGCCGAGCAAUUCCAGGAGUCUCCUCCGUCGCCCGUUCGCCGGAAUACCGAGGGCGCUUCAAGGUCCUCGUUGCCGCGUAUCAAGGUGCCGCUGUUCUCUGGCAACUACGCAGAUUGGCCAUCCUUCCGAGACCUUUUCCUCUCCGUCAUCGGAGACAACACGUCGAUCUCAAACAUCGAGCGUCUUCACCAUCUUCGUUCGAGCGUGACCGGACAAGCUGAAAAAUUAAUACGAUCAUUACCUGUCACCGGCGACAAUUACGAUCGCGCUUGGGCAAUCUUGAGCAAACAUUAUGAGAACAAGAGAGAACUUAUCCGCUCCAACUUUGCCACAUUCGUCAACGUGUCAAAGAUGAAGGGAGAUACCGCCGAUGAGUUGAGUCGCAUCCAUAACGCCGCCACCACCGUCGUCAACGCGCAGGAGAGCAUCGGUCGUCCGAUCGACACGCACGGGAUGGACCUCUUCAAUUACCUCGUCACGGAGCUCUUCGACGCAACCACUCGCCUCGAAUGGGAGUCAUCCACAUCAGGAUCCGCCGAACCACCAUCGCUCGAAACACUUCUCGAUUUCAUUAGCCGACGGAUUCUGACACUCAACGCUGUACGACCGAAAGCGAUCAACAAACACUCAGGCGAAGCACGAGCGGCCAAAUCUCACGUCACCAAGCACGGACCGGCAUCUCCACAAUGUGCACUGUGCCGGGAGAAACACACGCUCAUGGCCUGCCGUGAGUUCAAGGCCAAGUCCUCUGCGGAACGAAAGACAUUCGUGGAGACGAACAAGCUAUGUUACAAUUGCCUGGGGAACCACUUUCUCUCACGAUGUCAAUCGAAGAAAAACUGCUUCACUUGCAACGCACGUCACCACACAAUGUUGCACGAGGCACACACCGCGUCUCCGGCCUCCGAGGUCAACAGGUCUGCCGCCGCAUCAGCUUCCUCACUUGCCACGACACUAGCCACUACCCAUCAGAGCGAGGAUCGAAAGGCCAUCCUCCUAGCAACGGCACGCGUCAACAUAGCUGACAGGUAUGGAUCUCCUCACGCAGUGCGAGCUCUACUCGAUCAGGGUUCUGAGCUGUCCAUCAUCUCCGAAACGGUGGCUCAACGAUUACGACUACCUCGAGUUCACACAGGACUGUCCAUCUUCGGGGUUGGAGGAGCCCGUCCAGGGCCAACCCGCGGCAAGGUCACGCUGAAUAUAUCUUCAGACGUGACCAACGCCAAGCUCUCCGUGGUGGCAUACGUUCUGCCGCGCCUCCUGCUGACGCAAGGUCCCGCAUCAAGGACCAACCAACGUUGGCCUCACAUUCAAGGCCUCCAGCUGGCCGACCCAACCUUCCAGGACGACGACCCCGCGGAGUUACUCCUGGGAGCGGAGGUCUGCUCGUUUAUUAUCGAGGCGGGCGUACGCAAGGGCGGUCCAGAGAUGCCGAUCGCCCAGAAGACCAUGCUUGGUUGGAUUCUCUCCGGGGGGUCAGAUGCAACAGCAACCGAGGAUCACCGCCGCACGUUCCGCUGCACCGCUGAUUAUGACCUCGCUGAUCUGGUGCGUCGAUUCUGGGAACAGGAACAGGAGCCCACCGCUGUCGCAUCCCUCACUCCCGACGAACAAAGAUGUGAGGAGCUCUUUGUGCGCAGUCACACCCGCACUGCCGCUGGGAGAUAUGUGGUGAGGUUGCCAUUUUCCUCACCGCCAACAGCACUGGAGGAGACUCGCAGACCAGCGGAACGUCUCCUGACAGCCAUGGAGCGACGCUGCGUCCAGGAUCCUCGCUUCGGUGACCUCUACCGCAGCUUCAUGCGGGAAUACGAAGACCUGCGACACAUGACGAUGCUAAACACUGCGGUAAUUGAUCGUCAAGACAAGUGUUACUUACCACAUCAUGGGGUCUUCAAGGAAUCCAGCACCACCACCAAGUUGAGGGUCGUCUUCAACGGAUCGCAGCGAACGCGAGCAGGGGAAGCGCUGAACACGCAUCUCCUCACUGGUGCAAACCUGCUUCCGACACUCGCCGACGUGCUGCUCCGAUGGCGUCAACACCGCUACGUCCUCGUCGCCGACAUAGAAAAGAUGUACCGGCAGAUUCUCGUGCAUCCAGACGAUUGUCGCUUCCAGACGAUCCUGUGGCGGCAUUCUCCGGACGAUGAAGUGCAGGAAUACCAGUUGAGAACGGUCACUUACGGUCUCGGUUGCGCUCCAUUCCUCGCCAUACGGACUCUUCACCAACUAGCUGAGGAUGAAGAGGAGCAUUUUCCUCGAGGCGCUGUGGCCUUGCGACGGGAUUGCUACGUCGAUGACGUCGUCACCGGAGCAACCACCCUCGAGGGAGCAAUCGUCCUCCAGACGGAACUACGCAACCUCUGUAAGGCGGGUGGAUUUCCGUUGAAAAAGUGGGCAGCCAACAAUGAGGAGAUACUGACAGGCGUCCCGCAGGAUCAUCGCAUGCAACAAUCGCAGCACUCAUGGAAUGGGGAGAGCCACUCAACGCUAGGACUUCGAUGGCAUCCUCAAGACGAUCAGUUCUCCUUCGUGCUGCGUCCACCGUCUAUAAAGGAAUACACGAAGAGACAUGUCCUCUCUGAAACCGCACGUCUCUUCGAUCCAAUGGGUUGGCUCGCUCCAGUCGUCAUCCGCGCGAAGAUCCUCAUCCAGACUACGUGGCUUCAGGGAUUGGAUUGGGAUGCCCCACUGCCGACAGCCGACGCUCAUCGUUGGCAGCAACUGCUGGGUGACCUCCAUCUCCUCGACCGCCUGAGAAUACCUCGCUGGCUAGGCACUGGAGACUCAUCGCUGCAACUCCAUGGUUUCGCCGAUGCAUCCGAACGAGGGUACGCCGCAGCCGUAUACCUCCGCAUCGCUGAAAAAGAGGGAACGUCAGUGAAGCUGCUAAUGGCCAAGAGCAAGGUGGCACCUGUCAAGCAAGUGACCUUGCCAAGACUCGAGCUUUGCGCCGCCGCCUUACUCACCACGUUGACACAGCAUGUUCAAACCACGCUCGACUUGACAGACACACCAACUCAUCUGUGGUCUGACUCGAAGGUCACGCUUCAGUGGAUCCAAGGACACGCCUCGCGGUGGAAGACCUUCGUUGCCAAUCGGGUGUCCCACAUCCAAACCCUGUUGCCAAAUGCACUCUGGAGACACGUGGCGGGUCAAGACAACCCUGCGGAUUGUGCAUCAAGGGGCGUUACUCCGUCGGAACUUACAAAUCACACAUUAUGGUGGACGGGACCUACCUGGUUGCUGGAGGAAGAGACUGCAUGGCCAAUCGCCGAGGUGAACACCCAGGAGGACGACCUUUCUGAGAGACGAGCCGUUAGCCUACUGACCAAGAGCCUGGUCGUCAUGGAACCUGAGCUCCUUCUUCGCUUCUCGUCGUUGCACCGCUUGUUACGAGUCACAGCAUGGUGUCGUCGCUGGCUUCGCACGGCAGAACCAACUAACACACCUGGACGGCCACUGACCUCGGACGAGUUGGAAGUAGCUCUGUCGCACUGGUUACGAGGAGUACAAGCACUUCACUUCCCUGACGAGGUCACCGCCAUCUCCGCAGGUCGCACUGUUGCAACACGCAGUCCGUUGGCCAAAUUGACUCCAUACAUUGAUGCACAAGGCGUGUUAAGAGUGGGAGGACGUCUGAAGAAUUCACUCUUGCCACAGGACGAGAGACACCCAAUGAUCGUCCCAGCAACCUCAUGGCUGACUCGACUGCUGAUCGAUUCUUGUCAUCGCCGGACCUUGCACGGAGGAGUGCAACUGACUCUGGGAUUGCUUCGACAGCGGUUCUGGGUGCUUCGAGGACGUUCAGCGGUGAAGCAGCGAUUACAUCGCUGUGUCACCUGCACAAGGUGGCGAGCGACAACACCACAACCACCUAUGGGCAAUCUGCCCCACAGCCGGGUCACUCCAACACGGCCAUUCCUCCGCACUGGACUGGACUACGCGGGGCCAAUCCUCAUCCGGACCAGCAAGGGCCGCGGUCACCGGGCCUACAAGGGCUAUAUUGCGGUCUUCAUCUGCUUCUGGUCGAAGGCCAUCCAUCUAGAGCUCGUCUCAGAUUACUCGUCGGAAGCCUUCAUCGCCGCUCUUCGCCGAUUUGUCUCCCGACGGGGUCUCUGCACCGACAUCUUCAGCGACUGCGGCACGACCUUCGUUGGAGCUGACCGCACCCUACGAGAGCUCUUCAUUGCGGCAUCUCCGGAGGGUCGAGGCGUCGCACGCGCAGCUGCCAAGGAGGGUAUCCGCUGGCACUUCAAUCCGCCGGCGGCCCCGCACUUCGGUGGAUUAUGGGAGGCCGCUGUAAAAUCUGCCAAGUAUCACCUGCGGAGGGUGAUAGGCGAAACCACCCUCACCUUCGAGGAAUUAAAUACACUCCUCACUCAAAUUGAAGCAUGUCUCAAUUCUCGACCGUUGCAGGCACUCUCCGACGAUCCAGACGAUGUUUCAGCGCUCACUCCCGGACACUUCCUGAUCGGGGCACCUCUUCUCGCCAUCCCUGAGCCGCUGCAGGAAGACGAACCUGGUUCCUCGAGAUCACGAUGGCAACAUCUACAACAAAUGAGAGAUCACUUCUGGGGGAGGUGGUCGAAGGAGUACAUCCACGGACUCACCUCUCGUUCAAAGUGGCUGAAGAAUGAGACGGCACCCCACAUCGGAGCUCUCUGCCUGGUGCGCUCCGAGAUCUCUCCUCCAAGUCGAUGGCCGCUUGCCCGGAUCACGAAGCUGCAUCACGGAGACGACGGCGUGGUGCGCGUGGUCACCAUCAAGACCGCGUCUUCCGAGCUCAUGCGUCCGCUCGUCAAGAUCGUCCUGCUUCCGGUGUUGAAGCAGACACGACGAUUACCGAUGCCGAUAUCCAUCUGUGUGGAAUCUGAGGACCGAGCAUCUGUCGACGACGAUAUAAAGGCCAUCGGCCAACAGCGUCAGAAGUGGGAUUCGGAGCUCGUCCUGACAUUGAGAGGAUCCGGAAAAUCUCGGUAA